AUGAAAUGGGACCCUUUUUCUAGUCAAGGCGUUGUUGCAGCUGGUGGUAAAGGAGAAGGCAAUAGUAUGUACAAUUUGAAUGUACCAAUUGCAGUUGCUGUUGACCAAAUGGGAACUGUUUAUGUACUUGAACAUAACAAUCAUCGUGUGACACGCUGGUUUAAAGGUGCACAGGUCGCAAGUGUAAUUGCUGGUGGAAACGGAUUUGGUAAUGGAGCACAUCAACUGCAGUUUCCUCAUUAUUUGACUUUCGAUCGACAUGGAAAUUUAUAUGUAGCUGAUACUUUUAAUCAUCGUAUCCAAAAGUUUGCGAUCGACAAACGUCUUUGUAAUUCACCUUAG